CUCAGGUCUGGGGGGUCACAGAUCUUGGAGGGAUGCAUCGCUGAGCUCCCCAACAUCUCCAGUCUGGAUAUCUCUGACAACGACAACAUCUCCAGUCUGGACAUCUCUGACAACGGUCUGGACUCUGACCUGUCCACUCUGCUGGUGUGGCUGGCCAAGAACCGAUCCAUCCGACACCUCUCACUGGGGAAGAACUUCAACAACAUCAAGUCCAAAAAUCUGGCCCCUGUCCUGGACAAUCUGGUUCAUAUGAUUCAGGAAGAGGAAUCGCCCCUGACAUCUCUGUCCCUGGCUGACUCUAAGCUGAAGACGGACCUGACCAUUGUGCUGAAUGCUCUGGGCAGCAACACCAGUCUGACCAGGGUGGAUAUCAGUGGGAACGCCAUGGGGGACAUGGGGGCUAAGAUGCUGGCCAAGGCCCUGCAGAUCAACAGCAAACUAAGGACGGUGAUCUGGGAUAAGAACAACAUCAGUCCUCAAGGUCUUCAGGAUGUAGCAGCAGCUCUGGAGAAAAACUUCACCAUCCGGUUCAUGCCUAUCCCCAUCAUCGAUGCGUCUCAGGCUCUCAAAGCCAGCCCAGAGAAGACUGAGGACGCCCUGCUCAAGAUUGAGAACUACUUGUUCCGGAACCAUGAGACUCGUCAAUACCUCCAGGAGCAGGCCUACCGUCUCCAACAGGGCAUCGUUACCACCACCACUCAGCAGAUGAUUGACAGGAUCUGUGUGAAAGUCCAGGACCAUCUCAACUCCCUGAGGAACUCAGAGACAGACGUGGUCUUAGACGACGUCAAGACGGCCGAAAACCUGAUGAAGGAUGCCAGGAACUCCAAAACGCUGCUUCCUAACCUGUACCACCUGGGAGCAGCGUCCAGAGAAGAAGUCAACGGUCAGUCAGUAGGACCCAUCCAGGAGAAACUGGAGUCCAUGGCUGGAGAGGUGGCCAGGGUCAUGGAUGAACAGCUACAGGGUCUGUUGGAGUCCAUGGUGGAUGCUGCGGAGGGUCUCUGUCCCCAUGUGAUGAGGAAGACUAACCUUCGUCAGGACCUGAUCAAAGCCAGCACAGCGAAGAUGGUGGUUCCCCGUAGCUUCGUCAAGAACACCCUGCUGGAACAGUCUGGAGUCGACAUCAUCAACAAGAUCAGUGAGGUAAAGCUGAGCCUGGCUUCCUUCCUCUCAGACCGUAUCGUAGAUGAGAUCCUAGAAGCCCUGUCUGGCUCUCAGCACACACUGGCUGACCACCUGGUGAGGAAGGAGCGUCCUCUGGUACAGCGGGAGUCUGUGGACCUGGACGUACCCGAGGAGAGGGCUCCUAAACGGGCCACCACGGAGCUGAAUGAGGCAGAAAGGCUGGAGGACCUGGAGACAUGCAUG